GUCAACGGUAAAAAUCCCCUAGAGCCCAAAUCCGCUGAUCAAAAUAAACAUUAAUUUGGUACUUAAAGUGAGUUUAAAAUCUGCAGUGGUUAUUAUCGAAAGGAAAAUCGUAUUAAUUGCAUCGAACGAGAGUGAAAUUUCUUGAUUCGUUAAGAUGAGCUUAGUAAAGAAAGACUUGGAAAUCGUGUAUAGUUUGCGGUGGAAAAACGGCCCGAAAAGGGAACACAAAAAGCAAGCAUCCAUUGUGGCCGUAUACGACAUACCUGCGACUACAUUGAAUUUCUCCGAUUUUAAGAGUUAUCUGCUGAAAAAUUCGGGAACUGCUGAACAGGAUGUCACUGUAUACUACAUAACAGACCAAGGCAAAGAGUACCCCAUUCAAUCCCAAGUUGAUUUUCAAGUGGUACUGUAUGCAUUCAGACGCAAAGCUAGAGCAAAUGAGGUAAUAAACCUCCUACUUGAAAGAAAAGAAGACCCAUCAGUACAUAAAAAUUCCCGUAUCUCCAACGACGUUGAGACCCAGUUUGACAGCAUGGAGCCUCCCUCAGUCAGUGGGGCUUCCUCAAUGUGUGGCCAUCUAGAGACUCCACCUGAAUGGUUUAUUGCGGCACUGGCACAACUUAAAAGGGACAUAAAGGAAGAGGUGACUGCCAAUAUUUCUGGCAUCGUUGCCAGCGCCGUUGCCGAAAUUAAGACACCACAGACCACUUUGCCUGUGUUGCCACAGCUUAAUUUGGUUUAUCCCCACAGAUCUUUGAAGAAGCCAGAAAAACGCUUGAAGAAACAUGGUUCUCAUGGUGCCGAACAUCAUGAUGCCAAAGAAAUCCACAAAAAAUCCAUAAGAUUGGAAAAUAAACUGGAAAAACUGGAACUGAAAGCCUCCAAGUAUCGCGAGAAACGCUUCGCAUUACAACACGGUCUUAAAUUGAGCGAUCACGCCACAAAAUCCAGCGAUAGCGAUACGGGACAUACCAGCAGUGGAAGCCGUUGCAAAAGUAAGAAAGAAAAGCCUAAAAAAGAGGAACGUCCUCAACAAAUAUCCGAUGAAGGGCUGAAAAUGGACGCUCAACCGAUUGACGUACAGAAAUCGGUUCCGCACAUGUUAGGGGGCGAGAUUUAUUUGCAUCAAUGGGACGUACAGAAUACCGGAGAGGUCGCUUGGACCAAUUUGACACAACUGAACUAUGCUUGGGGUUCCAAGCAUUUGGUGCCUAUGGAUAAAGAAAUUAAAGUUCCAUUCUUGAAGCCUAGGGAGGUUGGAACUAUUUCUGUUCGUUUCCAAAUCCCAACCCAACCUGGAACAUACGAGUGUUACUGGCAAUUCACCCACAACGGACGUCGUUUCGGCCAUUGGCUCGGCGUUCAAGUUAUUGUCGACCCUUUCGACUUAAAAGGACACGCCUCAGUUCUUACAAAAUCCAAUCCACUUGAUAUGACCCUACCAUCAGGUUCUCGGGCUAUGAAAAGAGAAUCAUCUGAAAAUCCAAAUUCCGCAGAGGCUUUAGCUUCGAUCUAUAAAUCGUUGCAAGGGGAUAAAGAGGCAGAAGAGGCAAGUACCUCGGCGGUAAAAGCGAUCACCGAAGAGUUAGUGCGUGAGGUGUCAAAUGGAGUGACCGAGUUGCGUCUUUCGCCAUUGUCACAGUCAGAAUCUGCCGAUGAAAUGAAUAAAUGGCCGGUCGGAUUGAAAUAUCACGCUAGCAGUUUGAAUUCAAGUUCCUUAUCGUUAAAGAGCAACGUCGAUGAAAACGGAGAACCUUUCGUUGUACCCAGAUGCUUUAUCGUGGACGACAAUACCAAAAAAUCGGACGGUAUUCCUUUAGCCAAUUGCUUUGGCCUGGAGGAAACUAAACUAGAAAGAAAAGAAUCGAUUCCCACGUCUGAUCAAACCGACUUUGUGUUUGUUCCCAUACCGUCAAAAGUACCCGAGGAAGACAAACAACCUGAACAACAAAAUGCCGCUUCUACCGUGCAGAGGUCCGAAAGCAACGCUGUUAAUUUUGAUAGCAACAAUAAUAAUAAUAAUAAUGCUGAAAGCGGUGCGGCGAGCAAUAAUUCUUUCAAGCUGAGAGACGAGGAGCUGGAUAAUAUUGUGGUUAUUACUGUUCCCAAAGAUGAGCAAAUUAAAGAAGGAUUUAUUUAUGUACACGUUGAUGGCCAAAAAGUUCUUAUCCCGAAGAACAUCUUAAAAUCAGAAGUGGUAUCCGCAGCCCAAGAGCUUGAGAGGAGUCCUGAUGCCCCUAAUAGUGUUGGAGUCAUUAUUGAGUCCAACGAUGGACCAAACAAAUCUCCAAGUCCAGUUUCCUCCGCUUCAACCUCGAGCCUCAAACCGAAACCAAAAACCGAUGAAGAACAUCUCGGUAAUACAUUGGAUUCCGUGCCGCCUAAAAACCUCGCCGAACCGAUAAUUCCCCUUCCAGCUAACUUACCGGAUAAUAAACCGGUUGAUUUAUCCACAAAUAUGCCCAAAGAAAUGGCCGAUUUCUUACAUGAAGAUGGGGCCGACAGAAGCAACUAUUUCGAGGCGAAUAAUUUUAUGUCGCAUUGUUCCGCUGCCGGAUCUUGUUUCUCUGAGGUAAACAGUCAAGCUGAAAAGCAAAGCCGUGUGUUUGUUUUUCCCCGCGACGUACCCGGAUAUGAAGUUGUUUACCCAGUUUUGAACAUUGAUGACCCUCAAGAUCCUAAUUUAACUACAGAAACCUAUGAUAUUCCAGAAGCCCAACCUCUGACAGCACCACAAUUAGAAGGUGUCUCCUACACUCCACCAAACCCAUUCAUGGAAUCAGUUCCAAACUACCAGCAAACCCCGCCCGAGUUACGCAGACCUCCUGUCGUCGAAGAUCCUGUAACGGAACCGCUAAAUCCCACUCAAGAGUCCACGCGCGCCUCUUACGGCACCUCGGGGACACAACCGGAGCGCCAGCGCACCGAAGAAACAACCGAACCGGCCGAGGACCAUGUUUUGCUACCGCAGGUACAUAUUCUGCCCGAAAUGUUGGUUUCUGGGGCGGUAAAUGCCGCCUCCACGGCAUUUAGUACCGCCAGAUCUGUUUUUAAUAAUAUAAUUCAUCCCCAGGCACCAGGUACAUGGAUAAAUGGACACUGGGUAAGCAACAACCCCACCACGCCUAGAGAAGCAAAUCUACAAGCACUGGCCGAGAUGGGUUUCUGGAACCGUGACCUUAACGCCACCCUUUUGGCAAGGUUCAAUGAUGACCUUAAUAGAGUAGUCGCUGAAUUAGUGCAAUAAGGUCUGAAAGCCUUUUAAUUUUGUUUUCAUAUAUAUGAGGUUUUGGAACCUAGGUUAGUAUAAUAAUAAACUAUAUUACUUUUUAUAUUUAAUGGGUUUUGAAUUUAAUUCUAGUGGUUUUAAACUAGAUUAGAAUAUUAAUGUUAGAAUCUGGGUUCGAUAAUUGAAUCUUUAGUUGGUAGCAGCACUUUUUGUGAGAUCAGGUUUAGGAUGCUAUAAACAUUUUUUAGGAAUUUGUGAUUUUUGUUUUUAAAUUGCCAUUUUAAUUACUAGUUCAGAAAUCAGAUUUUACUUGAAAUUAUCUGUAAAAAGUAAGAAUUAACGUUUCUGGUAUAACCGCAAUUAUGUCAUCGAAAUAUUUGGCAUUUGUAGAAUAACUUUUUGUGUUUCGUAGAGAUAGUUUGACUUAAAUUAGAGCAAGCUUCCUAGCUUGACAUAUAACUUUAUGUGAUAAUCUUUUGUGUUAACAAAAUAUAUAUAUUACUCCUUAA